AUGGCUAUUCAGUUAGAUUCCUAUGACCAUUUGAGAGGGGAUUUCGGAAGCCAAAUAGUUAUGGAUUCUAGAAAAUUGAGAUCUCCUGCUGAUUGGUGGAUGCGCUUUGGGAGUCGAACUCCCGAAUUAACUAAGUUUGCUAUUCGCAUUCAUACAAAAAAGAGAAAUAGACUUGAGUAUUACAGAUUAAAUGCUCUAGUUUAUGUAAGAUAUAAUACAAGACCAACCUUUGGUCAUCCCAGUGCAGACGCGGUCAUUGACCGUUACCUCAUAGGAAAAUCAUCAUCAUCGUCCACUAACGAUCAAUUGAAUAUGCAACAGAAUAACCAGUACUAUUCUCAACUUUGUAGAGAACCGGAGACGGAGAAGAAGAAGAAGGAGGAGAGUAUUGAAGAAUCGAAGUUGGUGAAUAAUGAUGGUAAUGAUAAUAAUGGUGGAUUUUGGUGGAAUGAACCAAUUGAUGAUAUGGGAAUUGAGGAACUUGAAGAAUUUAUGACUGCAUUGGGAGAAUUGAAGAAGAAAGUAACAAUGAGAGCUGAUGAAUUGAAUAUGAUAAAUGGUUCUUCUUCAUCGAAUUCAACAAUGCAAAUAGCUAGAUUUGGGGCUCCCACAAAUCAUUUCAAUUUCAACUUGAAUUAUUGCACU